GGCAGGGCGGGAGGCCCUGGCCGCAGCGAACCCGAGCCAUGCUCCCCUCAGAUGCGGGCACGGCCGCAAACGCUUGUCCGCGGCGCCCUGAGUUUUAUGCGGGGCCUGCGGCGCCCCCGAGCACGCUCCCCGCCACGGCCGCCCGGACACACGGGGAAGCAGUAAAACCACGAGCGGAAACGUCCUUCCAGCGGGGCGGUGCCGUGUGGAGCCGGGACACCGCAUGUUGUGAGCUCGCUACAGCGGGUGGUCCGUAGCCGCCAGGGACUCGAGCCACCCCCCCUUGGAAACUGCCAGCUCUUAGUAGCACUCACUUGUGUUUUGACUACAGACAAGCAAUGGAGUUGUUUUUCUGUUGCAAAGACCUGAGAAAAGCGGGACCAGGCUUGGCUGACAGCUUCACAUCCACUUAUCUCUCUGUACUUUAUGGAAGAUCAUGGAAUAAUUGAAGGCUGAAAAAUAUAUAAUAUAGGAAAAAACACAGGAGUUCUAUUACCUUUACAUUGGUAUUAUUGGUGUGUUUCUGAGGAACAGCGAUUGGUAUUUCUCACCAGUGCAAUAAAUGAACACAUGCCGUGAAGUAUAAGAGGAAGCAUUACUAGGAAACAUAGUGUGGAUUUGUGUAUGCUCUGUACUCUUUCUGCUGACACGCUGUUCACUUUGCACAGUAGUGAGGUGCUCAAAAAAACUGUACCAGGGGAGGGUGGGGGGGGUGGUGUUCUCUUUUGUUUUGCUUUGUGAGCGUGAGUGAAGAUGGCAAAGCAUGUGUCAAAGAAGAGGAAAAUUAAGGAAGAAAAUAAUAGAUUUCCAGAACAUUGGGAAGUGGAUUAUACUGAACAGCUAUCAAGUGCUGCAGCUUCUUAUGCAGUAACUUUGCAGUUAGCCAAAGCAAAGAAACCAUACAGUGAUGGGGAUCUAGUGAAAAAAUGUGCAAUUGAAAUGGCCAGGGCAUUUGGGGAUGAGAACAUGGUGAAAAACUUUGAAACAGUUUCACUCUCUCAUCAGACAGUAGCCCAAAGAAUUGAAGAUAUGAGCAAUCAGGUAUGCGAAAAGUUAUUAUACAAUGUCAAAAAGUGUCGCUAUUUUUCCUUAUCGUUAGCAGAGAUCACUGACCAAACUGAUACAAGUCAGCUUCUCAUAUUUAUCAGAACUGUGGAGGAAGAUUUCUCAGUCAAGGAGGAGUUGCUGUCUCUUGUCUCAUUACAUGACACUACAAAGGGAACAGAUAUAUUUGAAGCUCUUCAGAAGAGUGUGAGUGAAUAUGGUGGUUUUGAGAAAUGUACCUGUAUUGCCACAGAUGGUGGUAGGGCUGUUAUCGGUUCUGAAUUUGGAUUAUCAGAUCUUCUGAAGAAGUCUGGUGUUACAUGCCCCAUGAUUCACUGUGUGAUUCGCCAAGAAUCUUUGUGUGGGAAAUGGGUGAAACAAGCUGAAGCUGUGAAAGUUGUUGUGAAGGUUACCAGUCUUAUUUGUGGUGGAAAUAAAUCUUUGUUAAACAGUAAAUUCCACUCAUUUUUGGAAGAAAUGCAGUCGGUGUAUGGAGAUUUACCUCUGGAUUCCGAAAUUCAUUGGCUAAGUGCUGGUAAGGUUCUCAUAAAGUUCUUUGCUCUCAGAAAAGAAAUUCCAGUGUUCCUAAAAGAACAAGUGAAAACUGACACCACAGAGCUUGAAGAAAGAUUUUUGUCUCCCCAGUUCCUGGCCGAAUUAGCCUUCUUGACAGAUACUACCACUCACUUAAAUGAAUUAAAUUUAAAGUUGCAGAGUAAGAACAAUACAAUAUCAGACCUCUUUGGAUGUGUGAAUGGGUUUCGUAGAAAGCUAAAACUGUUCAAGGUUGGUCUUGAAAAGGGUGAUCUUAUACAUUUCCCAUCUUGCAAGGAACUGGAGAAAGAAAUGGAAAAUUUUGAAGGUGUAAACUUUUUGGAAUUCUCAUCCAAUGUAGAUGCUAUGGUGAAAGAAUUUGACAAUCGCUUUACCGAAUUGGAGUUACUGAAAAACACACUGAUGCUUUUCAACAACCCACUUGGAUCUGUGCUUGAAAAUCAGUCUUCCAAAAUACAGCUUGAGCUGUGCGAUCUACAAGCUGACCCAUUCUUAGCUGGUAGACGAGAAAUAGGCCAGGACUUUUUUAAACUUAUACCAGAGAAUCGCUUUCCACAUUUAAGGGACCUUGGUUUAAAGAUUGUAUCAAUGUUCGGCAGUAUGUACCUAUGCGAAAGUGCCUUUUCUACAAUGAAGUCUAUAAAAUCUCAGUACCUAUGUUCACUUACAGAUGAGGCCCUCACUCGCUCACUUCGACUGGCCUUAACUGAGGAGUCAGUUGAUAUAGGUCCUCUUGUGCAGAAGAUGGAGGGUCCGCAGUUUUCACAUUGAAAAGUUAACUAUUUUUUUUUACUGUGUUACUUGUAGGCAAAUGUAUCAGUCGUUUAAAUAUGUAGAUGUUUUGCUUAUGUCCUGCCUUUGUACUACAAGUGUAUGUGUAUAGUAUUAAGAAUUAUUUCCAUUUCAUCCACUCAGAAAAGAUGUAGCCUAAAAGAAAGAUGUAAAGAGAAAUGCUAACCCUCUGUUGAACAUCCCUGCCGUAAACCAUGUAGCAAUUUCACAAAUACAGUAAAAGCUGAGGUUUCUGGCACCUUAUAAGCCGGCAAACUCUGUUAACUGACAUGCUGGCUUGUAAGGGAACUGUGGCACUUACAGUGCACGGAGGGCCCAAAGCCCCAGGGAAAGCAGCCUGCGCUACCAAGCCCCCAGGGCCCGGAGCAUAGCAGCUGGCACAGGACCCCCCUCCCUGUCCCUCGGGGCCCGCGGGAGAGGUGGCAACACGGCGGGAGGGGUGGCGACACCCCGAACGUGGCGGGACAGGCAGCGGCCCAAACAGGCAAAGAUGCCUGUUUGGGCUGCUCAGUUAACUGGCAUAUUUUGUUAUCCAGCACCCUCCAUUCCCCAUGGUUGCCGGAUAACAAAGUUUUUAUUGUACUUGAAUUGUUGCAGUUUCAUUAGAAAAAAGAUCCAGGGACAGAGCAAGAUGUAUUUACUUUUACUUAAAGUAGCCAGUCUAAUUCCACUCUUCACUUUUAAAUUAGAUAAAUCUUAGUUCACUUCUAUAAUGAGUCACUGAUUUUAAAAUUAACCUAAGUCCAUAGGACCAAGCAUAAUGCUAAUGACAAACAUAAUUAACAUAAUUAUGAUGGUACACGUCAGUGACUGAACUGUCCUUGAUAUUUGUCCCAUGGUCUAUGACAGGCAGAUAGAAGCCAUUUUCACCUCUGCUACAAAUGAAAGAUCAGCACUACUAGAAAACAAAAGGUCCUGGAAAAAAUAAAAUGUCAUCCUCAAACUCUUCCGUAUACUCUAAACCCAGGUCUAUAGUCAUUGUUUAUAUAAGGACUUGCACUGAAAUCAGUGGGACUAUCCAAAAAAGGUUUGUGCAGUCUGGUUUCCUUGAGUAUCAAUUUCUCAGAGGGAGGAUAAAAAAAUAGAAGUGAUAGAAUGGAGACAUGAAUCAAUGCCACAUAUGAAACUGUAGUAAGCUUGUAUUAAAAGCCUUUUAAGAUA